GUUGUGAGCGGCCAGGUAUCCUUAUAGUAUAAAUGCAUGUUAAGGAAAUCAAUGCCAGUGUAAAGACCAUUUCAAUUGCAUACCUGCCUAUUCCCCCCGAAAACGAAACGUAAAUAAAGAUGGCUCCUAUCAUCGCUCAGCUGGUUUCUCAGAGCAAACCAUAUUUCGUGCCAGGCAAGCUUCUCAUCAAGGAAUUGUGGUUUGAGGUCCCUUUGGACCACUCGAAACCCGGAGGAGAAACCAUCAGGCUAUUUGCUAGAAGUGCAAUCAAAUAUGAGAGACCCAUAGUCGAAUCGAACGAGGUUGUCCAGCGCCCGUACCUUCUCUUCCUUCAGGGGGGACCUGGUCAUGGCACCCCUGCACCACAAGACAGCCCUUUGUCCAAGCACAUGCUCGACCGGGGUUAUGAACUACUGCUCCUCGAUCAACGCGGCACGGGAUUUAGCUGUCCCAUUUCCUCGCAUACACUGGCACGUGUCGGUGGACCCCAAGAACAGGCCGACUAUCUGAAACUUUUCAGAGCCGAUACCCUGGUCAAGGAUAGCGAGGCCGUCCGUCUCUGCCUCACUAAGGAUUUCCCUCCCGAGAAGAAGAAAUGGUCUACUUUCGGCCAGUCUUUCGGAGGUAUGAUGACGAUGACGUAUCUUUCGUUCGCGCCCGAAGGUCUGCGCGAAUGCUUUAUUACCGGGGGGCUCGCGUCGCUAGACAAAGGGCCAGAAGACGUGUACACGGUAACGUAUCAAAGGGUUACGGAACGAAAUAAUGCCUACUACAGCAAGUUUCCUCAAGACGUCAAAACCGUCAAAGAGAUUGCCGAGAAGAUCCAGGACCUUGGCGGCGAACAGGGCGUUCUACUACCUGCUGGUGGCUACUUGACUGUGAACCGCCUGAUGACAUUAGGCCUUCACUUCGGAGGACAUGGGGGCCUCGACACCGUCCAUAAUCUGAUCAUACGAAUGAAAGGAGACCUUGACCAGUUCGGUGUGUUCUCUCGCGCGACACUGAAUGCAUUAGAGCAGGAUGGCGGAUGGGAUAUUGCUCCAAUAUAUACCUUGCUCCACGAGCCGUGUUGGUGUUACGGCCCUGGCGUUGCUGGUAAGUGGGCAGCCGAGCGCGUAGGUCAAGGCAUUGAGGAAUUCCAAUGGCUUCGUAAAGACUGGGCCGGACUGGCUUCGCUAGGCGACAAACCCCUCUACUUCUCGGGCGAGAUGAUUUUUCCUUUCCAUUUCGAAACAUGUUCCGAGCUUGUCAAGAUGAAGGAGACAGCUCAUAUUCUCGCAAACUAUGACGAAUGGCCACCACUAUACAAUCUCGAGCAGCUUGGUAAAAAUGAGGUGCCUGUAUAUGCUGCAAGCUACAACGACAUGUACGUCGAUGCCGGGUUGGCGCGCGUCACUGCUUCUCGGAUAAGAGGUAUCAAAGUAUUUGAAACCAAUGUCUUGUUCCACAGCGCUUUACGGUCGAAACCGGACGAGGUACUCCGAGAGUUACUUGCACUGAGAGAUGAUACUAUCGAUUAGUCUUUAUCCAUUUAGCCUCUUCAUCAAAUGCACGGGACAAGUAUAAUCUCAGGAACCUUUCGUGCCUAGAUUCCAAGAUUUUCUAAACUAAUAGCAGACUUCAUUGCUGAGGGUAACCCCUUCAGAAACGCGGAUAGUCGAAGCUUGUUAGACAUGGGUAGGCUUUCCUGAAACGACUGUAUCUGCCACACGAUUUUGAAGUAAAUAAUAGCUCUUUAUACUUUACACCCUACACAGAGUAUUCUUAUCGGUCUACACUAGGUCUACUCUAGACAAAAGACAAUUACGUAUAGCUAGCUCGCUACGCCAAGUAAAGAAUCCAAGCCGUCCUCGAUGUCUAGCUAUUUUGUAAGGGCUGUCACCUCUUG